CAGCCAGAGAGGGACCUGGGGAUCUCGGUGCAGAGGCAUGGCUGGCCCAGGUGGUUUCCCCGCUGGGCCUGCUCAUGGAGUUGGCUCUCUCCUGCCCUGAUUGCCAGCAGCUCAUGGCCUGGAGAGGCUGGGCCCCUGGGAGCGACUCUUUCCCACAAGCUGGGCACAGGCCUGAGGAGUGGGGUCCAGGGCCUGGGAGCCCAGGACGGAGCAGAGGCCUCUCUUUUCCCUGUGGUUCUGGGCCUGGGAGCCAAACAGCUCCCCCCUCGAUCUCCUGAAUCCCCUGGCAACUUCCCAGUCACGGCAGGUUCCGCUGCCAGAGCCAUUUAUAACUCCCAUUCCAGGCUCAGCUCGGCAGUGUUGCUCCCCGGAGAGCCGGGGGGAGGGGCAACUCUCUGCUGGGAGCUGUGGGCCGGGGUAUGAGGCCCUGACCCGAGCCCUGAGGGGGCAGAGAGAUGGGCAGGCAGGCCUAGUGAGGGGCCUCGGGGGGCCGAGUCCCCAAUGGGCAGGCAGGAAGAGAAGGACGCAGAGCUGGAUCGGAGGAUAGUUGCCCUUCGCAAGAAGAACCAGGCCUUGCUACGCAGGUACCAGGAGAUCCAGGAAGACCGUCGGCAGGCAGAGCAGGGGGGCAUGGCUGUGACCACACCAGAGCUCCUCCGACCUGAUGGCCUCACUGUCACCAUCAGCCAAAUUCCUGGUGAGAAGCGGGUCGUCAGCCAGAACUGGGCAAGGAGCACUCUGGGAUCCAGAGCAGCCAAGGAGAUGCUUGAGGAUGAGGAAGUGGAGGACCACGCCGGUACUUUCUGCUUGGGGGAGCAGGUGGAGCUGGCUGUGACCAUGGAAAACAAAGCUGAGGCCAAGCGGAUCGUUAGCGAGAAGCUCACCAAAGUGAGGAACCAGGGGACGGAAGGGUCACCUGGAGGGGGCUUGGGCCGGAGCCCCUCCAUGCAGAUGGCUGGCAGCUCAGAUUCUGCACGGAAGGGUGCUCGGGAGCCCCGGAAUCCAGGCCUGGUCCCAGGCCCAGCUCCCCGUCGGCCAGUGGGGGGAUCCCCAGAGGUGGGCUGGGACUAUGCCCAGUGGAAACAGGAGCGGGAACAGAUUGACCUGGCCCGCCUCGCCCGGCACAGAGAUGCACAGGGUGACUGGCGCCGCCCAUGGGACCUGGACAAGGCCAAGCCCACGCCACAGGACUCCAGCAAGCCUCGAGAAGAGGGCCUGGCCAGGGCAGGCAGCAACAGGGGUCCCAGGAGCCACAGGAAGCUGCAGCCACCAUCAUUGCCCCCUGAUGGCAAAGGUGGUACUUCUCGGGGUGGACAACCCAGCAGACCCUUGCUGGCGCCGGCCACACGCAGCAAAGCCCGGGGGAUGGAGAGGCUGACUGGCAGGGCCCGCAGGUGGGAAAUGAAGGAGGACAAGGAGGGGCUGGAGAGUCAGGAGGGAAGCCAAAACACCAGAAAGACCCUGAGUGAGAAGGAACAUGCACAGACGCAGAGCAGGAUGGAGCCGGGCAGACCCACAAGCACCCCGGGAACCAGCCCAGCCCCGGCAUCCGCAGAGGGGCCGAAAGGAGAGUCAGGAGCUUCCACAGCCAGUCCUGUCCCUGGCUCUCCACAAAACACUGACUUGGUUCCCCUUGACCUCUCUCUAGGAGGGGCCAGUAGCCCUGGGCCUGGGGAGAGCGUGUGUGUGCUCGAUCUAAGGCCUGGCGCCCAGGAGAGCCCUGUGUCCAGACCGGAUGGUUCUGAGCAGCCCCUGGGGUGGCAUGAUGACCCCCAGGCCAAGCCAGAAGUCCAGACUUCCUCUGAGCCACAAAGAGGAGCAGGGCCCCUGGAACCCAGAGAAGAUAGGUCUGGCAAGGCUGGGGCCCAGCAGGGUCUGGCGCACCGAAGCAGGCCCCCCAGAGGAACCAGCCAAAGGGCAAGGGGCACAGGAGGCGUAAGGAGCAGGACAGGGGGUCCUGGUCCUGUGGGAAGAUGCUGAGCAGAGCUCCUGGGGGCAGGGGGCCAGGCUGGGGAGAGGAGGAGAGAAGAACACAGCUGAGUCUCCUGUGUGGUGGGCAUCUGGUUGCUGGGGGCUGUGGCAGUCUGGCUGAGUGGUUUGGCAAAUUUUCUGAUGGAGUGACAUUGUGAGGGCAAGUAGCUGUCCCUCCCUGAACCUUAUGUGCAUAUCCAUGUGCGCGUGUGUGUUUUCACAUGCAGGCACAGCCCCUGGUAUAUUCCCAUGCCACACCUGGUCUCUGAGGCUGGGGAGACCCGUCCUGGGCCUACUGCUGCCCACGACACAAGCAUCCCUGCCAUAGUGAGAGAGCAUGGCCUGGAAGCACACAGCACCUACCUUGCCCGGCUCCCGUCACCCCCAGGGUCUGACCUCCCUCUCCAGCUGCUGGCUUCCGGUUCCUCAGGUGCAGGCAGCCUCAGCAGCUGACAUGGCCAGCCUGGGCCUGGGCCCUUUCCCACACCCCUGCCUUGCACCCAGGUGACUCACAGCCCGAGAUGCAAGGGAUGGCCAACCCAAGGGAAUGUCAGGAUCAGCCGGCAGACUCUUUUCUUUCUGGAAGAGGAGGCUGAGGCCAUGCAGCUGUCAGGGACUGAGCUAGGGACAGCGGAGCAGAGCUCAGGUCUUCUCUGCAAAAGGGAGAGUCCCUGGGAAGGCCUCCUGCUGAAAUGUGGUGGGGUUGGGUGGGGAGGGGAUAGCCUUCUCUUCACACAGUAGGGAACCUCCUCCCCUACACCCAGGUCAAACAUCAAGUGCACCCUGAAUGGGGACAAGGGGGCAGCCCUGCCGCCCAGGGCCGUUCCUUGCCGUCUCCUACUUCCUCUUCCUCAGCACCUCCCUGCACCAUGAUCAUGCAGAAGCAAGGACUCAGACACAGACUCGAGAGACAGAGAAGAGCGACUCCAGCUAAGUACGACAUCAGGACUUGUCUUUCCUACUUAGUCUCCGUUCCUCCCCUCCCCGGAGGCCCCCGUCUGGUGAAUUAUCCAGACUCCGCACAAGCUGUGGCUUCCUCUCAAUUCAACAAACAUUUCCUGAGCACCCACUACCAGCUAUGCAGCUGGUGGGCGACGGGGACUUUGCCAGCAAGAGGGAGGGAAGAGACUCAGUCAUCCAGCAGAUUCAGGCUGCGCAGCAGGAGCUGUUUUUGGCUGUAGGUGCCCGACAGGGGCUGGGGAUGGCGGGAGGAGCCCAAAGGGAAGCAUCCACCUCUGCUCACAAGGCAAGUGCUCCUCUCUUUCUCCUCAUGCGUGCCCUUUGCCCCCAAGCCCUUGCCCGGAUCUCCCGGGGUGACCUCCGCUGCUCCCCUCCUCUCUGGCCCUGCCACGGUUGUUGCCUAUACUGCUAGUUCCUGGACCACACUUGGAGCAGUAAGAGUUUGGAUUAGAAUAUAUGGAGGGCUAGGGGCAAAGACAGACUCUAGACUCUAAGGGCUGUUGCUGGCUAUGUAGGGGAUGGUGGAGGCACGCGCCUGCUGGGUGGGAGCUUCCUGGCUUCAGAGUUGGGUGGGAAGCUGAGGCUCCUGGCAAGAUGCUUGAGAGGCCAGUGAGUGUGUGGUGCCAACUUCCCUUGGUGGGGAGUGAGAAAGCUAGUUGAGAAUAGGGUGAGGUGAAGGGGGGUGCAAGAGGUCGGUGUGGGGUUGAUUAGAGGAUUUGGAAUGGCUUUGGAACAUUCCUGUGCAUAUGGGAAGAAGACCCCUGUGAGAAAUGAAUAGGCCAGGGUGAAAGAUUCCAAGCCCAAGUGUUCCUCUUGCCUUCCUGUCACACAUAUAUAGCUUGGGAGCAUGGUACCAUCCCUGGAAUCCAUGACUCCCAAAAGAUGGGGCUGGGGUACAGCAGGUUCAGGCAGAGCCCCUCAAUUCAGAUGUCUCCAAAAAUAGUUGUGAUCAAGAAUUUGAAUUCAUGGGGCCAGCCGGGUGGUGUAGUAGUUAAGUUUGCAAGCUGUGCCUCAGUGGCCCAGUGUUCGCCAGUUUGGAUCCUGGGCGUGGACCUACACACCACUCACCAAGCCAUGCUGUGGCAGCAUCCCACAUACAAAGUAGAGGAAGAUUGACACAGAUGUUAGCUCAGGGCCAAUCUUCCUCAUAUACACACAUGCACACAAAGAAUUUGAAUCCUAAGAUUCACAAACUGCUCCCAAACCCCAAUGCUGCCAACUGUACAGAUGUGCCUUCAUUAAAGGGUAUAUGCCAAGGCAUGUUUGACUAUGGGAUGGGGAUGUAGGAUUUGGGCAGAGCUCUGACUCAGCCUUUAGAACAGGACCUAAGCAGGAGAGAAAGCUGGGUAGAAGAGCUAGGGAGAAAUAGGGUUUCUGUCACUGGGGGUAACAUCUAGGAGGACGUUAGGAGAAAGGAUGUCAUGAGAGUCACUAGGGGUUGGAGAGAGUGGAGACUGGCACAGGGCGUCUCCAUUGGAGGAAGAUUGUCGUGCACGGCAAGUAUCACUUAGCUUUUCUCAACAAAAGGGAGGCCUUCUUCAGGAUAAGUGACCCACAGCUACUGUGGCCAACCCUCCUGCUCUAGGAUGGAACCAGCUAUAGUGCAGGAGGGCGCAUAGUUAGACACCCCUCCACAAACCUUGGGGCCAGGGAAGGCUGGUAUAUCUCUUCCUGCCUCCUCCGUUUAAAGGCCUGGCCAGGAGCCUUCCUCUUGGAUGCCCUUCCCUCCAACCGACAGACAAGACUACUCCUCACAGUUGGGAAGUUCUCCAUGAGAUGCAGCUAUUAGGAACCCGGGCACAGAGCUGCAGGGACUGAGAGGGGACAGCACACAGGGCAGUAGGGAGCCAGUAGGGAGACGACAGCUUGACCUAAGGCCUCAAAACAAGGAAGGCAGAAGAGGUGCAGGGCAUCUCCGUCCUGGGUCCAUCUCGCCUCGCAGAGGGGAGCACAGCCCAUUGCAAGGGAGGCAUGUGUUCUGAGGACAGGCAGCAUGGGAGAGUGGAACAAACAUGGGCCUUGCCAUCUGACAGACUGAAUCUGAAUCCUAGGUCUGCCAUCUGCUAGCUGGGCGAACUUGGUCAAUUUUAACCUCAAAAAGCCUCAGUUUCCUUAUCUGCAAAAUGGGGCUAGUAAUACCUACCUACCUUGAAGGGUUGCUGAGAAAAUUAAAGAUAAGAGUAUGCAAAAUACAACCAGCCCGCAUGGGCACUCUAUGGAUGGUACCCUGGCGCACAGAAGUGACUCAGUAAAAAUUGGUUGAAUAAAUGAAGUAGCUAUUUGG